AUGUUAUCCGAGUACGAUCCACGCGUUGAAUAUUUGGGUUCAACACCGAAUAUUAAUUUUUGGCCAGUUAUAAGUUUGUCAUUUAUUUUACAUAUGACAUUAUUCUAUGUUAUUCGUGUGCCAAAAUCAAUGCAAAUGCCAGAUGUUAGUGGAAAAAUAUUACCCAUAGUAAUGAUUAAAAGUUACAUAUUGAGUACGUUCCAUGCUACAAUAUCCGUUGUUUCUGUAUCCAUGUGGUGUUGGAAAUUUGAUAAUGGAUUAAAAACAACAAAUCGUGUAUUAGGUGGUGGUGUAAAGGGAACAGGUGAUGAAUAUAUGGCGUAUAGUAUUUGUAUAUCAUUAGGUUAG